AUGACGAAGAGUUUUUUAACGUCGAUUUUCAGCUCUCAGCAGCCAGCUUUAAGAUGUGUUUUACAAAGAUUUGUACCUAAGACCCAAUUCAAAGGAAUACAUACAGAAUCUACACCAGUAAAGGAAAUUAAAAUACCGGUACCGUGGGGUCACGUUGCUGCUAAGCUAUGGGGUGGCGAAAAUCAGCAACCGAUGUUAGCUCUGCACGGUUGGCAAGAUAAUGCUGGGACCUGGGAUCCACUAGCACCAAUGAUUUGUGAUAAGAUACCAAUAUUAGCAAUCGACUUUCCUGGACAUGGACUCUCAUCGUGGCUACCAGCAGGAGUCCAGUACUAUCCCUGGGACCUUCCACGCUUAAUACUGACGAUCAAGGAGUACUUUAAGUGGAACAAGAUUUCAAUUUUAGCUCAUUCUAUGGGGUCUAUUGCUGGAAUGAGAUUCGCCUGUGUAUUUCCUGAUGAUGUAAACUUUUACAUCGCCGUGGAUAACAUGAUUUAUGACGAUUACGACUUGAAUCAAGUUGUCGAACAUUUCCCUAAAAUAAUGCGAAAAAUGCAACUGGCCCAAACUAGACUUCAAAGCGAACCACCAGCAUAUCCCAUGGACGAGCUUAUAAAGAUAUGGCACUUAGGAACUACCAAGUCUGUUGCGUUAGACAGCGUAAAGUACUUAGCAGAAAGAGGUGUGAAGCCCUCGUCCAGUGAUCCAAAUAAAUUCUACUUUAGCCGUGACGGUAGGCUUAAAAACAUUAUCUUUCAUCCAGAGAAUAAACAUCUGGUGGAGGCUCUAGUCCGUCGCUUAAAAUGUCCCACUGUCUACUUUAAAGCGAUUGACUCUCCUUACGCCUCAGAUCAGUAUUCUGUGGAGAUGCGAGAGGUAGUUGAGAGAAAUAACCCACUUUUCGAAAGUCAUUUCGUUCCAGGUACGCACCACGUGCAUUUGAAUAACCCUGAAAGCUUAGCACCUGUUAUUUUAGAGUUUUUGCGAAAGCAUAAGUUUAUAUGA